AUGGCUUCAGGAGAGGCUGACAUUUGCAGCCAUGUAAGAGUGGUAAUUAGAGUCCGUCCUCCAAAUGAAAAAGAGAAGUUAGCCAAUUCCACGACUGUGGUCCAAGUGGUCGAUAACCACAUUGUGGUGUUUGAUCCAAAAGUGGAAGAAGUAAAUUUUUUCCAUGGCAGAAGCGUCUCCAACCGGGAUGUCACUAAAAGGAAAAAUAAAGACCUUAAGUUUGUGUUUGACGGUGUCUUUGGUGAGGACUCUUCGCAGCUGGAAGUUUUUGAGCAGACCACUAAGAUUGUGCUUGACGGCUUCUUGAAUGGAUACAACUGCACCGUAUUGGCUUAUGGAGCAACAGGAGCAGGAAAGACCCAUACUAUGCUGGGUUGCUCCACAGAACCUGGAGUCAUGUAUCUCACAAUGAUGGACCUCUACAGCCGAAUGGACAGCUUAAAGGAUGAAAAGAUUUGCAACAUUGCUGUCUCUUACCUGGAGGUGUACAAUGAGCAAAUCCGUGACCUUCUCUCAAACUCUGGUCCCCUUGCUGUGCGAGAGGAUGCUCAGAAAGGAGUGGUUGUACAAGGAUUAUCGUUGCAUCAGCCAAAAUCAGCUAUUGAGAUUCUCCAGUUGCUUGACUAUGGUAAUAAGAAUAGAACGCAGCAUCCCACUGAUGUCAACGCCACAUCUUCUCGAUCUCAUGCAGUGUUUCAGAUAUACUUGAGGCAACAAGACAAAAGUGCCAGUAUUAAUCAAAAUGUCCGCAUUGCCAAAAUGAGCCUAAUCGAUCUGGCUGGUUCAGAGCGAGCAAGCGCUACAAAUGCCAAGGGUGACCGCUUGCGCGAAGGCACAAACAUCAAUCGCUCACUGUUGGCUCUUGGGAAUGUAAUCAAUGCUCUGGCAGAUCCUAAGACAAAGAAACAGCAUAUACCUUACCGAAACAGCAAACUCACACGGCUGCUAAAGGAUUCCUUAGGAGGGAAUUGUCGCACCAUCAUGAUUGCGGCUGUUAGUCCUUCUUCACUGUCCUAUGAUGAUACAUACAACACACUCAAGUAUGCCAACCGAGCCAAGGACAUAAAAUCUUCUGUGAAGAGUAAUGUGGUUAGUCUGGACAGUCACAUCAGUCAGUAUGUUAAGAUCUGUGAGCAGCAGAAGAAGGAGAUUGCAAUGUUAAAGGAGAAGUUAAAGACCUAUGAGGAGAAAAACGUUUUUGAACCAGCUAAGCAAAAUUCAUUGCUUGCCUCAAGCCAGGAACGGCCAGAAACUAAGCGGUAUCAAGAUAUUCUUUACUCUGUAUUUAGCAAGAGAGAGGAAAUAAGGGCUGCCCACUGCCACCUGGAGAUGCAACUAAAGGAAAAUGAACUGAAGUCCAUUUACCAGAGGCAGUACUUUGACCAGAUACAAAUGUUGUGCUCUCAAGAGCAAGCACUGAAGGCUACAAAUCGGAAGAAUCAUAGGCUAGAGGCUUUGAAAGCCAAGCAGAACCUCUUACAGAUGAGAAGGGAAGAUGAAUUAAAACGAUUUGAUGAAAACACACAUUGGCUCCAUCGUGUAGAAAAUGAAAUGAAAUUGUCGGGUUUAGACAACCGGAUUCCGAAGGAGCUUUCUAAAGACUUGCAGUGCUGUCAUUUAAAAUUAGAGGUAAAAGAUUUAAAAUCUCAGAUUGAACAUAUGAACAGGCUGGUAUGCCUUCAAGAACGAGAAUACCGUCUUAGUGAAAAGUUGCUCAACUUUCUGCUGCCAGCUUUCAGAAGACAAUAUGAAAUGUUAAGAGAGGCUGGAUUAUCCAGUGCUGUUGUAGAGUCUGAUUUCCAGGAGGUUGAGCACUUGGUACAGAGGGAAAAGGCUGUGGUGUGGGCAGAUCAGACAAUUGUUGAAGACCCCAACAAAACAGAAGUACCAGAUGUUGCGUCAAUCAUUUCCUUCCCACAACUGAUCUAUUCACAGACCACGCCAUGCAGAGGAGAGAAGCAUGUUCAGAUGACACAAAUGCCAGGCAGAAUCACACAGAAUGAGAGCAGCCUAGCAGUUGUCAAACCUUUCACUGAGGAACCAAGUUUGAAAGAAAAUGUUCCUCCGAGGCAAGUAGAAGAUCCUCCUUUCAAAAGAACCAGGAGGAAACUAAUGCAGUCUCCCCAGACAGCAGCUCAAUGUACCAGUAGUAACGAGCAUGAGGAUUCACUCAGCGGGGAGCUUGUACCUAUUGUUUACACACCAGACAACUGCAAUAAAACAAUCCUUCUCACAAAGGAUGUAAGAACAAUGUCUGGCAUUGGAGAGACUCUGGAAAAUAUCCCCACCUUCAUGGCUAAUGACAAAGACCGUCAAAAGAUGGGGUUCACCUUCCAGAUGAAGAUGGAUCCUGAACAUGACAUGGACUCUACGGUCAUUCUUUCUCAUGGCAACACUGACAUGAAUCCAGAUGCCAGUGGCACAGGCACGCAUCCUCCAAGCAUGCUACAGAGGCUAGGACUCCCAUCUCUGCUGAGCAGAAAUCCAGGAAAGCUGAGUGAGAAGCCAUCCUACAUGGCAAUGACUUCAGCUGCCGAAAGAAAGAGAAAGCUAUUAAGUCUUGCAGCAGGCAGUGCCGUGAAGGAGGACAGCGUGCCACUUCCUGUCCCUAAACGUGUGCGUCAGGACAACCCCUUUGAAUGUAAAGCCCUGCGAGUGAAAAGGACAGCAGUAGCAAAAUAUAAGGACAGUGCUGCACAGAGACGUCUACCCAGGAGCGUUUCAGAUGGGAACUUAGCAGCUGGAGCUAGAAAGAAACAAUUCUCUAUUCUUGGUUCAUCUCGACCAUUUUCACAAGCUGGAAAGAAGCAGUGACACCGACCUGGA